AAGCUGUGCGACGGCAUUGUCACGGUGAAUGACCGUCGUUAUGGAUCAUAGCGUGGGACCGCGAUGCCAGCUAGCCAACCGGGAGGACCGAGUGGGACGCACAGGAAUACAUCUCCUGCAACGGCAACUUGUACGCCCGUAGUGUUUUUGUGCACGCCGACGCCUUACAUGUCAAGAUUGUCGACUGGGACAAUGUCGGCUUUUCCCCGCCCUACUUCCAGAAACUGUUUAGGAACGAGGAACUCCGCGAGAAGCUGAAGACAGAGGUGGUGCAGGGGUCCAUGUGAGUUGUUGUAAGUGCU